CGCACACCACGCUCACGUCACAGUUCCAACCCUACUGCUAACUUCUUAAACCCAAGCUUUCUUGCCUGGUUGUCUGAGCCUUACCCCUCUUCACCUCACCUUUACUCUCUGCUUAUCUCCACAAGAGCUGGACUUUAUUCUUACAGAAGGUAACUACCACUCUUCAUUGCAGAUCAAACUUAAUGUUUUUUUUUGGGUUUGUUUUCCCAGCUUUGUAUUGCUAAUCUGAUCUUUCUGGAGCAACUGAACAAUCUUCUGUUGAGUCAUGGCUCUGGUAUUACAUGCGGGCAGCACAAACAAAAAUGCUUUAAAGACACUCAUUGCUGCUGAGUAUAGUGGUGUCCAAGUUGAACUGGUCAAGAAUUUUGAGAUGGGUGUGUCAAAUAAGACACCAGAGUUUCUUAAGAUGAACCCCAUUGGAAAGGUUCCUGUGUUGGAAACUCCAGAUGGUCCCAUAUUUGAGAGUAAUGCUAUUGCACGCUAUGUUACUCGCCUGAAGGCUGAUAAUCCCCUCUAUGGCUCUUCAUUGAUGGAAUAUGCUCGCAUUGAGCAAUGGAUUGAUUUUGCAACAUUGGAGAUUGAUGCCAAUAUUUUGCGCUGGUUCAUACCAAGAAUUGGUUUUUCUGUAUACCUUCCUCCGGCCGAGGAAGCUGCAAUUGCUGCAUUGAAGAGAGCACUCACAGCUUUGAACACCCAUCUUUCCACCAGCACUUAUCUGGUUGGACAUUCUUUGACAUUGGCUGAUAUCAUUUUGACCUGUAACCUGACUUUGGGAUUUAGCCGUCUUUUGACAAAAACCUUCACUUCAGAAUUUCCCCAUGUUGAGAGAUACUUCUGGACUAUGGUUAAUCAGCCAAAUUUCCGCAAGAUAUUGGGUGAUGUGAAACAAACAGAAUCUGUUCCUCCUGUGCAAAAACCUUCACAACAAAAGGAACCUGCAAAACCUAAGGAACCUGCAAUUCCUAAGGCUAAGGAGGAGCCAAAGAAGGAAACCAAGAAAGAAUCAGCAAAGCCUAAAGCAGAAGAGGCUGGUGAAGCAGAAGAGGCGCCCAAGCCCAAGCCUAAGAAUCCCCUUGAUCUUUUGCCGCCUAGUAAGAUGAUCCUUGAUGAAUGGAAGAGGCUUUAUUCUAACACAAAGACCAACUUUCGUGAGGUUGCAAUUAAAGGAUUUUGGGAAAUGUAUGAUCCCGAGGGCUAUUCCCUUUGGUUUUGUGAUUACAAGUACAAUGAUGAGAAUACAGUGUCAUUUGUGACAUUAAACAAGGUAGGAGGUUUCCUUCAGAGAAUGGACUUGGCUCGUAAGUAUGCUUUUGGGAAGAUGCUGGUGAUUGGCUCAGGACCACCAUUCAAGGUGAAGGGGCUGUGGCUCUUCCGUGGACAAGAGAUUCCCCAGUUUGUGAUCGACGAGUGUUAUGACAUGGAGCUUUACGAGUGGAAGAAGGUUGACAUCACAGAUGAAGAACAGAAGGAGCGAGCCAGUCAGAUGAUUGAAGAUUAUGAGCCUUUUGAGGGGGAGCCUCUAUUGGAUGCCAAAUGCUUCAAGUGAUCAAGUUUCUGCCUGCUCUGUUAGUUACAAUGCUCAGGGUUCUCCCAAAUUGCUGUUUAAACUUUUCUAAAUUCUGUCUUUGGUCUUCAAUUUCUGUUUGCAGUGGUUUUUGUGACACCAAUAGCAACGUUGUGAUGAUAGUCUGGAAUAAUUGAGAUAUCCCUACGUUUUUGGUUAA